AUGUCCAACUCGUUCUCAGGCUUCCGACGAUUUCGUUACCGCAAGGCUGUUCGAGCGAAUGAACGAUCUGCGUUGGCCAAAAGCACUCAAAAUGACCUUAGCCGACUAGUCCGCACUGCGGAUCCGGCAGUUAGGAAGGCAUUUGAUGUAGAAAUGCAGUCAUUUUCGAAGCUGCAUGCCCGUUAUCUCGCAGAAAAGGAAAACCGAGAGCAACUUGACUGGGAUCGCAUUAAAUCGCCCAAUGACAAGCAGGUCAUUCCUUACAGUCACCUUCCACAGAUUACUGGUCCAGAAGGCCUGUCCAAGUUGGCCGUUCUAAAAGUCAAUGGGGGUCUUGGGACCUCUAUGGGCAUCAGUGGUGCGAAAAGUGCUCUCGAAGUCAAGGACGGGCUGACUUUCUUGGACCUCAUCGUGCAACAGGUCGAGUACUUGAAUACAACACACAAGGUCGACGUGCCGCUCAUCCUUAUGACAUCCUUCAAUACACAUGAUGAUACAUUACGUAUCAUUAAAAAAUACGUGUCCCAACGCAUCAGCAUAACUACGUUCAAUCAGUCGCGGUAUCCCAGGAUAUGGAAGGAGACGUUGCAGCCUUGUCCCAAGUAUGCAUCGGACGACAAGAAACACUGGUAUCCUCCAGGCCAUGGUGAUUUGUACGAGUCGCUGGUGCAUACUGGCGUGCUCGAUCGUCUUCUUGCUGAAGGCAAAGAGUAUUUGUUUGUCUCAAACUCCGACAAUCUUGGGGCUGUGGUCGACCAACGUAUCCUCCAGCAUAUGAUUGAUAGCGAUGCCGAAUUCUUAAUGGAGGUCACUGAUAAGACCAAGGCAGACAUUAAGGGCGGUACUCUCAUCGAGUACGAUUCUUCCAUAAGACUUCUGGAAAUUGCCCAGGUACCUCCAGACCAUGCUGACGACUUCAAAUCAGCUCAUCAUGCGCAAGUCCGCAAAUUCAAAAUAUUCAACACGAAUAACCUAUGGAUCAAUCUCAGAGCAUUGAAGCGGAUCAUGGAUGGAGGUGGCAUAGACCUGGACAUCAUCAUCAAUCCGAAGAUGACUGACAACGGACAAGCAGUGAUCCAGCUGGAGACUGCUGCAGGUGCAGCUAUCAAACAUUUCAAUAACGCCCAUGGCAUCAACGUUCCCCGUUCACGCUUCCUACCCGUGAAAUCCUGCUCUGAUCUGUUGCUCAUCAAGAGCGAUAUAUACUCAUUGCAAAAUGGCCGCCUGGAUAUGAGCGAGAGUAGGAUGUUCGGCAGCGUCCCGGUCAUCAAGCUGGGUGACCACUUCAAAAAGAUAACUGAUUUCCAGCCACGAUUUAAGAAGAUCCCUAACAUCAUCGACUUGGAUCAUCUUACGGUAACGGGCGACGUCCAUUUUGGUCGAGGGGUUACGCUCCGUGGUACUGUGAUAGUGGUGGCGAACGAAGGUCAGAGGAUUGAUAUUCCAGAUGGAUGCGUGCUAGAGAAUCGUCUAGUUUCUGGGAAUCUCAAUAUGACGGAACUUUGA